ACUUUUGUGUGGAAAGUCAUGUGAUGACUUGGCAUUGAUGCGGUAAAAUACUUUUAAAUUUAUAAUGUCCUGUAUAUGCCAAUUCCAUGAUCUCGGGGACAUUGCCAGCAGAGACCUAGUAGCGUUUCCUUUGCCUGCAAGUGACGACAUGGGCGCUUUCAACGAGGUGGAUAAAGAAUCAUCGGAGCAUAAUGCUUCUAAGGUUAGGUUGUCGGCCUCAGAUCUAUCCGACUGUCGUGCAGAAAACUGGCUCCUUAAGAAAAAGUUACGGGAAUACGAAGUUACAAUUGAAAACCUGGAGCAGUUGGUGACUACUAUAGUUGAGAAGCAGCACCAAAUUUUGAGCGAAAUGUUUUACUUACGCAAAGAAAACCGAGAGCUGCAAUCCGAAUGUCAUCUUCAACGCGAGUAUCACUCAAUGGAAAGAAAUGCCCUGAUGAGGGAGCUGCACGACGCUCAAAUCUUGUGUAGAAGUCGAAAUCUCGGCAUGACUGGAGACUCGAUCAUAAAAUCUGAAUCAUCUUAUGGUGACUUUGAAGAGGAAGACAUGAGUGAAUCGCACGACGGUGAUCAGUGCCAAAGCAGUUGCUGCAAUAAUAAUGAGGAUUAUGAUGCGGGAGAAAAUUGCGCAGAGCCUUUAGCACCUAGUUCAGGUGAAAAUUCUGGUAGGACAUCACCAUCAUUAUCAAGCUCAGUAUCAGGGGACUCGGAAUCGGCUGAUGACAGAUUUCUUAAUUACAGAAGCAUUAAUCAAAGUCUUAUCAGUGGUAGCGAUUCGGACUAACCAGACAAAUAUUUACUACUUGAUGCCUUUGAGUUUAAAUGUAUAUAUUUUUGUUCAAUAUAAAAUACAUGUUACUUGUGGGCAACGCUUUUUAGCAUGACUUUAA